GUCACGUGAUGUCAUGCAACACGUGUUCUCCAUUUUGACUUGCAAUUUACUCAAUAUUUCGUACGAAUAAAUACUGCAUAUUUAGGUUUUAAUCCCUAAUGUGCGUUGACAAUUCGUAUAAUCAUUUACAUGAUUCUCUUUACUCGUGAUUUUUGCUGCAUUGUUAUUGUAAUGUAAUAAGAGUGUCGUAUUUACUGCUGUUUGUCAUUAAAUCUGAAUGUUCGAAUGAAGAAUCUCUGUGAUUACUAUCCUGCUUGCAAGCAUAUGACGGUUUGCGAAAUUGUUAUCUUUUUGUUGGAUGUGUACGUUAGAAUGUCGAUAGUUUAACCAGCUGAUCAGUAUAUUAUAAUGAAGUGAAGAAAAUUAUAUGUCUUUGGAAAUAAAUAUACUUAUAAAAUUGAUCAGACAUGUCUUGUCAGAUAAAAGGAAUUGCAAAUUUGACUAACAUUAGUAAUAUCAAGGAGUUGCUUUUUGGAGAUUCUACUACAAAGUUUGACAUUCCACAAAAUGAGUUACCACUUCAAGAUUGUUUUAUAUCAUUAUCAUCAACUGGAGAUGUUCUUACUAUGGCAUAUAAUACAAAGCUGAUCAUAUUAAUUUCAAGAUGGGAUUCUUUAGAAGUGGAAGAGACAAAGAACAAAUUCCAUAUGAUAUGGUAUGGUGAAGUUACAAAAGAAACAAACGAAUGGAUAACAUCUAUCAUUUGUUUACCUUUACUGUCUCUGGGAAAAGUCAGCAGUGGUAAUAAUCCAGAUUGGACAUGUAUUAUAGUUGGUUUUAAUACUGGUUAUGUUAGGUUUUAUACUGAAACAGGUGCAUUAUUAUUAGGGGAACAACUACAUAAUGAGCCAGUAAUAGGAUUAAAAUGUCAGUCAUUUCGUUCACCUAAACACACUGGUGAUACUGGUUUAGCUGAAGAAGUGCAUGUAACUUACAAUACUGUUGUAUGUGUCUUACAAGGUUUUUCUUUAUUUUCCACAUUACGAGCUUGCAGAAAUUAUUUAGCUAGAGUACAAGCAAAUUGUGAUGAUUUACCACCAAUUACAAAUUUAUCAUAUAAAAAAUGGGGCUAUAAAAGUCAGGAUAUUGUAAAUGAUUCAGAAGUGAUUGGUACUACAUCUGUAAAUAGUUUUGAUCAUUUGAUGAUAGCUUCUAUUUGUGGUGGAUACAAUGCAUCUUAUAGAUCUAGUGCUCCUCAGCAUAAUUUAGUUAUUGCAACUGGUAAACGACCAUUUGUUGGUUUUCACUAUGCAUUAGAAGGUGGUUCAGCACCUGUGCUAUCGGAUGUUGCAAUAGCAAUGGCCAAUAAGUUAGCAAAUGCUAUAGGAACUGCUGUUCCUUGGCUUCCUCUCAGUUGGGGCAAUUCAAAACACCAACCAUCCCUUGAAACAGUAAAAACUAGUGCUCAUGAACCAGUUGAGCCAAUGACAUGUAGAUUUGGCCUGAGUGAUAUAAUGCGAGAGGGUUAUUCGAUAAUAUCCAGUCCAAAUAAAACAUUGUCAGUGAUAAUAGAUGCAAUGGGUAGAGUAAUAUUAAUAGAUAACAGAUGUGGAAUAGCUCUUAGAAUGUGGAAAGGUUAUCGAGAUGCUCAGUGUGGGUGGAUUGAAGUAGAGGAAGAAAAGCACUCUAGAAUGCACAAAGAAUUUAAUAAAUUUAAACAGACAUCACAGUUGCGUUCAGCAUUAUUUUUAGUUAUUUAUGCUCCAAAAAAGGGCGUGAUAGAUAUUUGGAGUACUCAACAAGGUCCUAAAAUUACUACAUUUACAGCUAGUAAACAUGGACGAUUGCUUUACAUCAAUUAUGGACUUUUUGGAGUAAAUGAUAAUAUUUAUUUAUCAAAAAAUAAACCACAAUAUUCUUGUGUUUUUAUGGAUCCGCUUGGGGGAUUGAAAGAAAUUACCGUUCCAUUUCAUUUUUCUCUAAACAAUAAAAGCGGCAAAAGGGCUCGUGAUAUACAUUUACUUAAAAAAUUAAAAACCUUUUUACGGGAAGAAGAAUUUGACGAUGAGAAAUUAAUAUCAGAAAUUCAGAACGUCUGUUCUGAUUUAAAAACCAAUGAAAUAAGAAUACAAACCAUAGAAAUGUUAAUGUCAAAUAAGAAUAUUAUACCCGAUGCUUUACUUGCAGCUGCAAAUUGUUUCAUUAAAAAACUAAAUGAAUAUGACAAAGAGGAGAUGGAACUUACAGCUAGAACAGUUUACUUAUUAUCAUCUCAACUGCAACAAGUGAUCGAAUUUUAUAAACAUAUUAAACUUCAGUCUGAUACUUCAGCACUUAAUCAAUUUAGCGCUAGUGAUACUCAUAAUGAGCUGAGCAAUAAAGAUUUAGCUUUGAUUUUAUUAACUUCUGAGAAAGAAGUGAAUCGAAUCUUUGAAUUGUUUAAUUCAGUAAUUAGUUUUAAACCUUUGAACAUUAAAACAGAAAAUAAAGUGAAAUUUAAAGAAGAUAAUAAAAUUUUUUUAGAUUUUUUAUCAUGCUUUGAGUUUGGCAUUUCAGGAUUGAUAGAUAUGAAAAAAAACAUAGAAACAGAAAUGAAAUAUCAAAUUUCUCAGUUGAUGUACCAAGGAUGUAUGUGCUCCAAUGAGAAAAUUGCAACAUGGAAAGAAGCUGCUACAAAUAGUAAUAUACAACCAUUUGUUUUAAUGGAAUUGGCUUUAAUUUACUGGCUUAAUAAAGAAACGAAUACUUGCUUAAGGGUUGAAUUAAAACAAUUCACACAACUUUUGAUUGCAAUUUGUUCAAUGACUCAUAUUGAAAAAAUAUGCGCAGAAUAUAAUGAAACAUCCUUAUGGUGGAAAAAUGUUCGUAAUAUCCUUUCAGAAUCAUUCAAUCCGUUUAAUGCACUUAGUGCUGCUGUAAUGUGCAGAGCUGUUGCUAUGUCUCUAGAAAAGUACAAGGAAAAGUGUAGCAACAAAACGCAAGAUAAUAAUGGUAAUGAAGGGAAAGAUGUUAAAGAUGUUACUUAUUUAGAGGAAGUAAAUCGUUUGAAAGAUUGUAUUACUAAUAAUCUGAAGUUGGAUGAUGAAACGUAUAAUUUAACAAACGAAUGGGAAAAUGUUACGAAAGAUAGUUGUCAGUUUACGUUACUUAUCGGUAAUCUCGAGGAUAUUACAAUUUUAGAUGCUAUUGUAAGUCAGAAACCUCUAUCAGAUGAAACAACACAGUUUCUUGCGUUACCAUUUGUAAAAAUGAAUAUUUCUUUAAGCUCAGUUCUAUCAAAGGGAAAAGGUUCUGUAUCAGAAAUUGUUGCUAAAUGGAUUGUUUCCACUGGUAUUGAUCCAGCUUUAUUAGUGGAUACAACAGACACCGAAUUUGAUCAUAUGAAAGUAACAAAGGAUCCUUUUGAAGUAAUAGAAUCGUUAGAUGAAACUAGUAACGAUGAUGUAAAACAUGAUUCAGAAGCGCCUUUGUCAGAAUCACUCGAAAAAGAAAGUGAAGUGAAAAAUGACGCAACUGCUUGUACAUAUAUUCUAGAAAGAAUUAAGUUAUUAAAAAACCAUUUUCCAUAUAGUUUGACAAGUAGUGUACUAUUAGCAAAUGUGUGCUGGGAAUUUGCAAUGUCUUGGAAUAAAGAUAUUUCGCAAUUAAAGUCUCUCGAAGCUGCAUUAUCCGUUUUACAACAAAUACCCUUGAAACGUAUGAGGCACGGUGUAUGUUGCUUAUUAUGGUCAGUUCAUAUAAAAAAACGGAUGGAAGCAGUUGCAAAAUUAAUUAAUAAACUUGGGAAAUUACCGAAGGAAAGACUAUGUUUACAAGAGAUUGGUUUAUCAGAUGUACAAACAAUUUCAUUUUUACAACACUGUGUUGCAUUUUUAGAAAUAUUUGUUGACUCAGAAGUACUCGAGGCAGAAGACAUUGCCAUAAUUAAAUCAGAGGAAUUAUGGGAAGGAUGUACUUCUGGACCACAACCGUUUGCUGCAUUAGCUAUUUCCCAAGCACCUGCUUGGUACGAUUUAAUAAUGUUACAUGUACAGUUAGCCAAUGUCUUAUACAUGAUGGCUCAUUUUAAUUUAAAAGUAACGAAACCAUUAAAUAAUCUAUUUGAAUCGGUGGUACAACCAUAUUUCUUUCAAACUAUGACAGAUAAAAUAAUGCUUACAUGGUAUAGAGAUGAUAAAAGAGAUAAUUUAAGAACAGAAUUUUUAUGUAGAAUAAUUACUGCGUCAAUGGAUUUUAUUCAUCAAGAAACAGUAGAUAGUAACAUGAUAAGUUCAAUGCAAGCUAUUGAGUGGAUGAGUAGAUGCCAGACGCUGGCAUCUAUUUGGAAAAUUAACAACGACGAAUUAAGGAUACAUCAAGUUUGUCAAUUAUAUGUAAAUGGUUUUGAUCGAUUAGCAGAAGAGGUAGUUACAGCUGUAAAUGACACUGAGAAAUUGGCAGCUGAUCUUUUGCCAAUAGCAGGAAGACGAAUGAUGGCGUAUCUUUCAAAAACUCCUGAUCUUUUAGAGGAAGUUUCUCGUAUAAGUCCUGCUCUUACUAAAUAUUUAGAAAGUUUAAACGCAACGGAAGUGAUUUGUACAAAUUGUUCAAACGAUGAUACCAUUGAAUUGAUACGGAGAGUUUCUACACAUUUACCUGAAAAACAUUCUGAAUAUCAUCUUGCGCAGUUAAUGUUAGAUGCAAUGUUUAUUUAUGAAGGUACAACAUGAUAUUCCAACAUACAAUUAAUAUGUAGCGAUAAAUAAGUUCAAUAAAUUUGUUUGUGCUUCA